UGUCAUUUAGCCACCCUCUAGAUAAUGGCUCGUAUCCCUCAGCUUUAGUUGUUGAUUUCAAGUGAACUGGUGACGUAGCUGCAGAUUAUCCAAGAUGCCGGUGUUUAAUUGGAAGGUUUUAGAUAACUUUCCUUUGCUUUUGUACAUUCUCGCUGCCAAGACGCUGUUAUUGUGUCUGGCGUUUGCUGGUGUCAAGAUAUACCAGAGUAGGAAAAUUGAAGCACAACUAAAACUUGAGCGUGAAGCGAAACGUAAACAAGAAGCAGAAAAGGAAGAGCUAGAGAAAAAGGAUGACUAAGGUAUAUCAACCAAUAUAUGUAUUGCUAAAUGCUAAACGAAAGCCUGCUCGAAGACCUGCUGGACUUGUUGCCAAUGGUGUACCAAAUCACAGACAUACAAUGUUAAAUUCUUUAUUUAUUUGACUUUUUAUUGUAAUGGUUUGUACAUAAAAAUAAAACUUUUUUUAAUGACCUAAUGUCUCAAACAUGUUAAGCCGGUGAUCUUUUGUAGAAUAAAUGUGUUUAAACUGAA